GACACAGUGGACAACCACUAACGCCAAAACAAUAUUACACACACUCUCUCUCUCUUCCCCGAGGAAUGUCACAGCCGCUCACCACCAGACCUGCCGCCGCCGCCGCCGCCGGAAUUUCCUUACUCCCUCCGAGACAGACGCCGUCUCUGUCGUCUCCGCCGCCGCUCUGCACCUUUCUCUUUGUCAUCAUCCUCUUUGUCGCCGCCUUCUACACUCUCCAUCACCCCGGCACCACUCCUAUCGCCACCCGAAAUCCCAAAAAUGCUCUCCGUCUCCGUCGCCUGUUCCUAUCUUCCGCCUCCAACUUGACCGUCGCCUCCUACCUCCGCUCCUUGACGCUUCACCCCCACCUCGCUGGGACAAAACCCUCCUCCGACACUCUCCGUUACGUGCAAACCCACUUCCAGAGCCUGGGUCUCGAAACCCAUGUCGCCAAGUACGAGGCUCUCCUCUCUUACCCUGUGCGUGCCUCGCUGUCGGCGCGUUUUAGCAAUGGGACGAUGGUGGAGAUGGACUUGUACGAGCCGGGUUUGUCCGAUUCCGGCGUUGUACGGCCUUACCACGCGUACUCGCCAUCAGGAUCGGCGCAGGGUAACGUGGUUUUCGUGAAUCACGGCGAUGAGAAGGACUAUCGUGCACUUGAGGAGAUCGGAGUGAACGUUACUGGAUGUGUGGUUUUAGCUCGGAAAGGUGGUUCUCUGGGCAGGGGAAGUAUCGUGAAGGUCGCGGAGAUGAAAGGCGCGGUGGCUGUGCUACUGUACGCCGAGAACGACGGCGGAGGAUUCGGCGGCGUCGAAAGAGGCACCGUCAUGAGAGGAAUCGGCGACCCGGUGAGUCCGGGUUUCGCCGGCGUCGGAGGAGGAGAGAGAUUGGGGUUGGAAGACAACCGGGUCGUGAAGAGAUUCCCGAAGAUUCCAUCGCUGCCGUUGUCUCUGCGAAAGGCGGAGGCCAUAUUGGCCUCACUCGGCGGCGCUGCGGCUCCGGAGGAGUGGCGAAACUCGGGUAGGGUCGGGUCCCGUCAAAGGAUCGGACCCGGAGCGACGGCGGUAAAUAUGACAUACGAGGGGGAGAUGAAGAUGGUGAAGAUUCAUAAUGUGUUUGCUACAAUAAGAGGGCGGGAAGAACCAGACAGGUUUGUGCUUCUUGGAAACCAUAGAGACGCCUGGACAUACGGAGCCAUUGAUCCAAACAGCGGGACAGCAGCUCUACUCGACAUUUCCCGUCGAUAUUCUCUGUUGCUUAAAACAGGUUGGAGACCUCGAAGAUCGAUUCUCCUCUGCAGUUGGGAUGCUGAAGAAUUUGGAAUGAUUGGAUCUACCGAAUGGGUCGAAGAAAACCUCCUGAACUUGCGUGCAAAUGCCGUGGCCUAUCUUAACGUAGAUUGCGCGGUCCAAGGCUCCGGGUUUUUUGCUGGCUCGACUCCUCAGUUAGACAGUGUUCUUGUAGACGUCUUGAAGCAGGUUCAGGACCCUGAUUCGGAAGGCAUGACAAUGUACGAGUCUUGGAUGGCCAGAAACAAUGUUAUUCAAAGGCUCGGAAGAGUGGAUUCUGAUUUCGCGCCCUUUCUGCAUCAUGCAGGGAUCCCAUCGAUCGACAUGUACUAUGGAGAAGACUUUCCCGUCUAUCACACGGCCUUCGACUCCUACGAUUGGAUGGUUCACCAUGUGGAUCCAUUGUUCCAUCGUCAUGUCGCCAUGGCCGGAAUUUGGGGACUUUUAGGGCUUAUCAUAGCCGACGAGCCGCUCAUACCGUUCGAUUACAUAUCCUACGCAGAUCAAUUAAAGUCGCAUAGGGAUGCUUUGAGCAAACUGUUAGAUAGGAUAAACUCCGUCAAUCCAUUAACCGACUCGAUACGAGAAUUUUGCACCGUCGCUAAACAAGUCAAGGACGAAGCAGAGAAAAUGAAGGGACGAUCAUAUAGCGAGGCUGAAGUUGCGUCAUCGGCGAUAAGACAAUUGAACGAUAAGUUGAUGCUUGCGGAAAGAGGUUUCUUGGAUGAAGACGGUAUCACGGGAAACGAGUGGUUCAAGCAUCUUGUGUACGGACCAUCAUCUGACCCUGAGAGCAAGCUGGGUUUCUUCCCGGGAAUAGCGGACGCCAUCGCCAUGGCUUCGAGACAACGAGACCGAGACACGGAGACAGAGGCGAUACAGCACGAGAUAUGGAGAGUGGCGAGAGCUAUUCAGAGAUCAGCAAAAGCUCUCAAAGGAGGCUUCACUUGACAACGUUCUCCUGCUUUGAUCAUUCAACUUAGAUGAAAAGAAUAGACAUUUGCCAUAAACUGAAAACCUCAGCCGUUGUUUGUUUCUAUACGUAUUACUACCCUUAGAUGUAUCUAUGUCUAGUAAAGGCAAUGAAUCUCAUUCCUCUUCA